AUGAUCCACAUCGAACCUGGCUGCUCCACCAAGGAGAGCAGACUCCCCUUCGAAAUCGAAGAAUGGGUGGAGAUGGCCAUUGGCAUGUUUGUCAUCCUGCUCCGACUCUACGCUCGAACCAGAGCAGUAGGCUUCAGAAAAUGGCAAGGAGAUGAUUACCUCGGUAUUGUGGUGCUUGUUCUCUGGGUAGUGAAGGCUGACAUGAGGGUUCUAUCUAGACGGAAGUCUUCAUGUUCAAGUUUGUGUGUAAGCUCAUCUUCCCCGGAGAAUGGACUCUGGCUGACAGGUUAUAACCCUAUAGUCCGCUUCGGCGCUAAUGCUAGGCUCAGUGACGAGCAGAGAGCAUCGAUGGAGGAGUGGGAAAUACGUGAGCGAGAGUUUGGAGCGAAAUGCCUUCUCGUCAGCUGGGUGGUCUACGUGACCCUGAUCUGGGUAUUGAAGGCUUGCAUGUUGUUUUUCUAUAACCGUUUGACGAUUGGCCUUGUUCAGCAAAGGUUCGUCAAGGUCGCGGCAGCAAAAUGUGGCAGAUCUACCCGAAUCCAGGCAGACGGACGUCGUGGUGCUCUCGAUCCCUCUGCCGUUACUGAUCCAAGUGCAACUCCCUUGGCGCCGGUCAUUGCCAUCAUCACUGUCAAUAUUCCGUGUAUCUGGCCACUACUUCGGAGGUCAUCCUCGUCGCGAGAAGUAUCGACUGGGGCCAGUGGAACCGGCCGGUACAAAUUGGGACCGUUAGCGGGGACGGGAACAGCGAACCGGAGACCAGCCGGGCCCGAGUCUAUCUUGGAAGACAGCCAAUCUCAGUUCGUCAGUGAUGUUCGGGGAGGGACAGACCGAGUGGGAGACGAGACCGGGCGAGGCAUCGAUGGCAUUCAAGUGACGACUGUUUAUGAGGUGAAACAUGACCCUGCCGGAGCUGAUUUUUCUCUUCUCUUCAGUUUUCUCCGCCUUCGUAUUUCCGUCCGCAUUUUGCCCCUCAUUUUCUGUCCUUCUUUGAUUUUCCAAUUGCAACUGUCUGGAUAUAUUCUCCAGGAAGUGGACGUGUUUAUUGUAAUAUGUGCGGCAACUGACGUUAUGGAACGAACUGCCCCGAUCUGGGAAAAACUCGGUCCAGACAACCAGACGAGAAAAUCUUGCCGUUCCCCCCAAGAUGGCCACAUGGAAAAGGUUUGUCAUGUCUGUCUCUGUUUCUGUUUUUCCUCUUCCCCAGAACUCAAUCCCUCAAUCCGGUCAUCAUUGACGUUGACUGACACAUCGACUCCUUCCCAGCUGUCGUGCGCCGAGGCUGUCUUCUCCGCUGCCUCACGCUCUCGUCUUCUCGCCUUCUUGAUCUCCUCCCACACCUUUCCCCACCUCAGCUGA